AACCCUAUUCCGUUCUCUUCUUCUUCCCUUCUCUGACUGAAAGUACUCCUUCUGCAUGUAAAGAAUCUUUCUUUACUAUGGAUUUCAAUCUUCAACGCUUGAAUGAGCAAUCCCCAUUAUACAAUCAUCCGCUUUCUUCUGUGGGUAUGGGUUACUUUGCCGAACAAACAUUAUUGAGAGACGGCUACCAUCACUUAGGGUUGUCAAAUACCAGACCGCUGUUCGGUGGAUACUUCCCAAACCCUAUCGAUUCAAGCGCAGCAAUUCAGAGGGAAAUAGAAAAGGAUCGAAUCAGAGAGGAAAUUAUAGCGGCUGAAAUUGUAAGGAGACGUAUGUUUGAUGAAGAGAUGAGAAGAGAAUUGAUAUUAGAGUCGAGACAUGUGAAUUUGAACAGAGCUAGUGGUUUAUUAACUUCAUCUUCAAUGAUUUCCAAUCUUAGAAGUUCGUACUUUCCAUCUGAAACUAGAUCUUUGGAGGAAAACCUAACAUUGCCUUUUGAGAAAAGAUCAGAAUUUCCUGCAGUUACUAGAUUUGAAGUUUUGGAUUCUAUGCAAUUUCAGCGUAGUUCAGAGCCUAGGGUUUCAACUGUCAAAAUUCUUCCUUUAAAGGCUAGUGAGGAGGAAGCUCAGUCAAUGGACAAGCCCACAGUGAAUCUUUCCGGAUCGAAGCGUAAAGCCGAUACACCAGUCACUUCAUCAGAGAAGAUGGCGUCUAAGAAUGAGUUGAAUUAUUGUUCACUAUGCAAAGUUGGUGCUACUUGCAAGGAAAAUCUCAAUGAACACCUCAAAGGGAAGAAACACAAGUCCAAUGUGCUUAAAUUAGGACAGGGGGAGGGGAAGAACUUUGAGAUUGGAUUUUUCCCAAAAACAGCUGUGGAGAAACAAGAAAUAAAGACAGAUUAUUGCUCAUCUGAUAAAGUUAAAGAUCUGGCUUCUCAUCGCGUUGGCAAAAAAACUGAAGUGAAGAAGGGAUUAUCGAGAAUUUAUGUUCCUUUACAGAAGAAGAAGAACAAGAAGAUGAUACUUCAUAAGAAGGGCGGAAAGAAGCAUUUGUGAUUGAAGAAUCAGCCAUGGAUGUGAAAGAUCAACCAAUAAUUGGCACAAGAAGAAUGGAAUACAACUCUGGUAGGUUGCAUUUUGUAUUAGCUGUUGUUGCAACUAAUAUUACAGAACAUCAACUCCUGUCUUAUGUGGAUCAAGAACUUGUCAGUUCAUUUUGUUCUGAACUAAUAUGUUCUUGAAUUCUAUCUUGCCCCUUUUUGGUGCCCCUUUUUGGUGUACGAUAUUUUGAUUUUGUUAUUAAUUUACAACGUUUUUAGUGUGAAUGAGACUGAGAUUUAUAACUUUUUCUAUUUGAGUUACUUAAAUAAGUU